CUCCGGAGCCCGCGGCCCUGCCGGCCGCCCAGCCUGCGAGAGGAGCCGAGGCCGCCCGCGCUCGCGCCUCGCCGGCCCCUCCCCCGGUCGCCGCGGCUGCCGCGCCGCCGCUGCAGGAUAGCUAACGGCCAGGAGAAAUAUAGUGGAAAAUGCAAAACAACGAAAUUAUAAAACCUGCGAAAUACUUCUCGGAAUUGGAAAAGAGCAUCCUGCUUGCUUUAGUAGAAAAGUACAAGUAUGUCCUGGAAUGUAAGAAAAGUGAUGCCCGGACGAUCGCCCUCAAGCAGCGUACCUGGCAGGCGCUGGCCCACGAGUACAACUCGCAGCCCAGCGUGUCUCUGCGGGACUUCAAACAGCUGAAGAAGUGCUGGGAGAACAUCAAGGCUCGGACCAAAAAAAUUAUGGCCCACGAGAGGAGAGAGAAAGUGAAACGCAGUGUCAGUCCUCUGCUGAGCACCCACGUCCUGGGGAAGGAGAAGAUCGCCACCAUGCUGCCGGAGCAGCUCUACUUCCUGCAGAGCCCCCCGGACGAGGAGCCUGAAUACCCCGCUGAUGCCGCCGCCCAAGAAUCAUUUGCUGUUUCAAAUAGAGAACUGUGCGAUGAUGAGAAAGAGUUCAUACAUUUUCCAGUAUGUGAGGGGACCUCUCAACCUGAACCCUCGUGUUCAGCUGUCAGAAUAACAGCCAAUAAAAACUACAGGAGCAAAACCUCUCAGGAAGGUGCUUUAAAAAAGAUGCAUGAGGAAGAACACCAUCAACAAAUGUCCAUCUUACAGCUGCAGCUGAUACAAAUGAAUGAGGUGCAUGUGGCCAAAAUCCAGCAGAUAGAGCGAGAGUGUGAGAUGGCAGAGGAGGAACACAGGAUAAAAAUGGAAGUUCUGAAUAAAAAGAAGAUGUAUUGGGAAAGAAAACUACAAACUUUUACCAAGGAGUGGCCUGUUUCCUCAUUUAACCGGCCCUUUCCCAAUUCACCCUAAGACUGUGGGGGCAGCUCCCUUGUAAUUAAUCUGUGUUGGCAAAGAAAGUCUGGAACACGAACUUGCCGUCAGUAACCUGUAACAGCUACAACUAGGAAAAUUAGAGUGGUAGUAGUCACUUAUUUAAGAAAACAUUCAGGUAAACAGCUGCACCCUAUGUACCCCUUAAGUGGCAAACAAGCUGUUAGAGUCUUCUGAAAAUGAUCACGACGCGUGCUAUAAUUCUGAAUGUAAUGUCUCUUACUUAGAAUUCCUACAAGAACCAUGUGUGAGUGUUGUUGUUGUAUUUUUUUAACCAAAUGCAAGUGUGACUAUAAAGGAGUGUGGCUGAUUUUUUUUUUUUAAUAGACAUUAGAACUUUUCUAUCCAAGUGAAUGCCCUCCCAUUGAAAGUGGCCGUCCUGGGAGGCCACCCAUGUCUCCGGUGGGGAUGCUGUUGCUCAGAACUUGCUAGAGGUCUUUAGGGAACCUCCAUGAGAGCUGCAGCACCUUUUUCAUUUUUUCAGUGUCCUUUGAGUGUGGAUUUUCUGUUUUUAAACAGCCCAGUGUAUGGAAGGAUAUUUUCUAAUGCGGCUCAAAACUGCGUUGUAAGGCCUUCCUUUCCCCAAAGAGGAGUUCCAAAUAAUGUCUCCAACAGUGGUGGCUUUGUUGGAACUAAGGAUGUAACUACUUUGAGGGAGAAAUGUUCAUUUAGAUUUCUGUGUCCUGUCCUGUUGUGCUUGUUUUAUUAAAAGAAAAGACUUGCAAUUUUAUAGUCACACUGUGUAUGUUUUUCAAAGGUGCUGCCUCCCCCACUGCGUUCCGGUUUUUGCCUUUUCCCUCUGUAGUUUCCUCCCAACUUCGUACUACUGAGUUCAUCAUUUGCCCUUGUUUUUCAUCUUUAGCCACCGAAGGUCCUUCCCUCACCAUGCUCGUGGUGCUGGCUCAGAGUAAUGCUGUGUAGUUUGCAUUACACAGUUAGCAUUGAUCUUUUUAAGAAUCCAUUACCAAUAUAUUUGGAAACAUGCGUUGACUUUAAGUGGGUAUUCUGAUUGAGCUGUGAGAUGGCUUCUCCUGUAGCUUGGUGUUAGAAACAGCCCUGGGAGUUGGGCCCAGCAGUAGCUAGAAGCAGCAAAGUGACAUUUCAGUGCCAAAGCAGGCCAGCAAUUCUGAGAAUGAGAUUUCAAGGCCGCAUUGGGGGAAGGAGGAGUGCGUGUGGCAGAGGCAACAUACGGAGUGUAGGACUAGGAGUCAGGGCCUGAAUACUGAGCUUGGUUCUGCCUCAAGUGCUGUGUGACUUUGGGUAAUUCCUUUUAGUCCUUGGCCGUGGUGUUUCCUGUCCAUAAAACAAGGGAGAUGGUCUAGAUAAUGUUCAGAAUCUGCUACAAGUCCUUGACUAUGGUGUGGUCUGCAGAGUCUUGGAUGGGUACUGCUAACAUCAUAAUUGCCCACAGGGCAUGGGUCAACAGGGAGCAAUUGUUUACUGCAUUGGCUAAGCUUCUCUCCUUCAUAAUUUUGGAAUUUGGGUCCUGGGGACUGUAAGUUCAGUGAAGUACAUGUAUACUCAUUAUUUGUGCACUGCAUAAAACUUAAAUGGAUCUCAAUUUAUUUUAUACACUGAUAUUUUAAAUGUCUUAGAGGAACUGGUUAUUUAAAGGAACCCUGUGAAGACUAGUCUUCUUUGAAAGGAAGGAUCCUUUUGUAAGGAUUUGUAUUCUUAACUUAGUUUUUACCAAAUGGACCCUUUAGAGAAGCAGCUUCUGGAUAAAGUCCCAAGCUUAAAUGGUUUCUGGGAGACAAAACUUGACUCUCCAUGCCCUCCAACACGCUAGGGAUUAGUCUGGGGACCAGCAGGCCCUCAACACCGAUGUGAACUGAGAAAAGUUAGUCUUUGCUUCCCCUAUUGAUCCAUCUGCAAAUCUUGUUAAUAUGCAGAUUCUGGAGUGCGGCCUGAGAUUUUGCAUUUCUUACAAGUUCCCAGGUUUUGCCAGUGCUGUUUGGUCACCAUGCUUCUGUGUAGCAAGGCUUUAGAGGACCCUCUGAAGUUUUUACUUAUUCUCAAAAAAAAAAAAAAAAAAAAGAGAAAAUUGGGUUAGGUACAUUUUUGUGUACGGCAGUGAGCCGGAUAUUAUUCUCUCUCUCAGAAUUUACCACUUAAGCACACAAACAACAAUGUAGAACAACACAAAAAAUGCUCAUACACAUAAUGGAACUAUAAAAGCAUCAAACUAAUUCCUAACUGAACAAAUAAAGGAUAAUUAAACCAGCA